GACCGCCAAAGAAGAAAAUAAAAAAUGAAGUCUUGAGGAAAUCUCAGGAAGAAGAAAACAUCUCUGAGACCGACGCCGAAAGAAUCCAUUUUUAUCUUUUUGUUUUGUUUUUGGUUCUCAUCGGAGAAAAUAAACCUUUUUUUUUUUUUUUGUUAGCUUCUUUCGUCGCUGACGUUUCACUUAGGUGUCUAUUUCUUAUCUUCCACGAUUCUUCUCUCUCUCUCUCUUAUUGCUUUGGCUGAUCGAUUUGGGAUAACUUGAGUUCGCCAAGUCAAGCAACCCGAUUUCGUAGGUUGUAUUUAGGAUACAAAUACAAAUGGAUGUAAACAAUGUGAAUCCAUUUGCAAGUACUAGUGCUAGUGCAAGAGCUAGCGGUAGUACAAGUGCGAGCUCAAACUCGAGUUUUAGUAGCAGUGUGGCGGAUACAGAUGAUGAUCAGACCAUUGCACGUAUAUUGGCUGAAGAUGAGAGUUUGAGAAGAGAAGGCAAGCUUGGGAAAAGACUAUCUCAUUUGGAUUCUAUCCCACACACUCCUCGGGUUAACAGGCAAAUACCCGAUAUAAAUGAUGCAACAUUAGACCAUGAGCUGCUCUCUGGGAGGUUGGCUACAUAUGGGUUAGCUGAAUUACAAAUGGAGGGAGAUGGAAAUUGCCAGUUUCGAGCUUUAGCAGACCAGCUUUUCCGCAAUGCAGAAUACCAUAAACAUGUAAGGAAGCAUGUUGUAAAGCAGUUAAAACAAGAGCGGAAGUUAUACGAAGGAUAUGUGCCAAUGAAAUACAGACACUACACCAGAAAGAUGAAAAAACUUGGUGAAUGGGGAGAUCAUGUAACUCUUCAAGCUGCUGCAGAUCGAUUCGAAGCCAAGAUCUGCUUAGUCACAUCCUUUCGGGAUCAAUCCUACAUUGAGAUACUUCCUCAUAACAAGAACCCUCUUAGAGAGGCUUGGCUUAGCUUCUGGAGCGAAGUGCAUUACAAUUCGCUAUACGCUAAUGGAGUUCUUGCUAUUCCAGAUGUUCCAACAAGAAAACCCAGAAGGAAGCAUUGGCUCUUCUAGGAUUGGGAUACAUAGGUUCAUCUCCAUAUGUAUAAUGUAAUACUACUAUACCUCCCACCUUCUCUCAGAUUUGUGUGAUGAACUUUACAGUAACCUUACUUUGUUGUAUGCUUAUCAUUGGUUCUCUUUCAACACCUCGGUUGUAAAACAAUGAAUAAAAACAUAGAUAUCAUUUUUUUUUU